AGGAACGCGAUCUGAAAAUCAGAGAACAUGAAGCAGAGAUAAGGCGCCUCACUGAGCUGCUUGAGGACCGCGAUUCCGAUGCCCGAGAACGGGACGUCCUCAUUAGGGAACUGUCGGCAGAGCUCGAGGAAUUAAGGGGCCGGGAAGUUGAGGAGAGCGAUCCAGAGAGGGAAGAACACGAUGCCAAAAUCGGUGAACUCUCCGCAGAAGUUGAAAAACAAGAGAGAAGAAUUGAUGAACUCACUGCAGAGCUCGAGCACUACAGAGCAAAAGCAAGAAAAUGUUUUGAGGAACACAGAAGAAGCGAAGAAAAGUUGGUAAAUGUGACUCUGGACCCAGAGACGGCCCACCCUCGCCUCAUCCUCUCCGAGGACCAGAAGAGCGUCCGAUGGGAAUACAGCCUGCAGGAAUCCCCCGACGGCCCCGAGCGCUUCGACGCCGAUCCCUGCGUGCUGGGCUGUGAAACCUUCACCUCUGGGAGGCACUGCUGGGUGGUGGAUGUCACAGAAGGGCAGUACUGCGCCGUCGGGGUCAGCAGGGAGUCCCUUCCGAGGAAAGGAGCCAUCAGCUUUAACCCUGACGAAGGGAUCUGGGCUGUGCAGCAAUGGGGGUACAAGAACAGAGCCCUCACCUCCCCUCCGACCCCACUGAACCUGCCAAGGGUUCCCAAAAAGAUCCGCAUCUCUCUGGACUACGAAUGGGGUGAGGUGGCGUUUUUUGAUGCCGAGAACCAAAUCCCCAUCUUCACUUUUCCUCUGACCUCCUUCGGUGGGGAGCGGCUCCGGCCGUGGUUCUGGCUGGAGCUGGGCUCCCUCUCGCUGCCCCCAUAACCCCGGAAUCCCUAGAGGUGCCUUACAGCAGCUCUUUGAGACCAGGGUAGAAAAACUCUCAGGAAAAAGCAGCAUCAAAACCUCAUUCUCCCCCUUCCCAACCAACCGUCGUCAUGCAAAGGAAAGGAAAUUCAUCCUCAACAUCAUCAGCGUCCUCCGUGUGUCAUGUCUGGUGGCUCCCAUUGAUGUAUGGGGAGGCUCCUGUUGAUGUCUGGUACCCCCUAUUGACAUGAGGUGCCCCAGUUGAUGUAAGGUAGCCUCCAUUGACAUGAGGUGGCCCUCAUUGACGUAUGGUGGCCCCCCAUUGAUGAGAGGUAGCCCCCAUUGAUAUAUGAGGUGGCUUCUGUUGGUGUCCAGUGCCCCCCCAUUGGGGUGAGGUGGCCCCCAUUGACAUUAAGUGACCCCCAUUGACGUAUGGUGGCCCCUGUUGACGUGAGGUGGCUCCCACUGAUGUAUGGGGUGGCUCCAGUUGGUGUCUGCUGGCCCCCCAUUGGCAUGAGGUGGCGUCUGUUGACAUAUAGGGUGGCUCCUGUUGAUGUCUGGUGCCCCCCAUUGACAUAUGGUGGCCCCCAUUGAUAUAUGGGGGUACCCUGUUGACAUGAGGUGACCCCCCCCAUUGACGUAUGGUGACCCCCAUUGACGUAUGGAGACUCUAUGAGCAGCCCCUACUCUGGAUCCAGUGCCUCCUGAUUGCAAUUCCAACCUCUAGGGAUGUUAAAUGACCCACAGAGAGGAUGGGGGCCUCUUUGGCCUGAUGGAGAGAGGUGGGCACCAGGGUAAGUCGCUGCCUACAUCACCGCUGGUGUUUUGUCUCAGCUGCUGGUGUAAAUUUCUGCAGAGAAGCUCUGCUGGUGGGCAGCUUGCCUCCUCUCAGUGCAAAAAGCAAAAUGCAACACAUGCACCCUGCCAUCCACGUGGCCGUCUCUCUCCAUCAGCUGUUGAAGGAGAAAUCUGUGCUCAGAAGAGAUGAAAUGGGGCUGAGAUUUGGCUUGGGAAGAUGAUCUGAUUCCAACCAGAGUCCAGGAGACUUUGGGGAAUGCAUGAGUCCUAUGGGAGAAUGGAUAACCCUUCAUCCAAGAGCAAGCUGGCACGAAGCUCUGGGGUGCAAACCCACAACGCCACGUGGUUUUAAGGUUUGGGGUGGCUUACACCCUGCAGCUCUGCUUCUAGCAAGGCUAGGGAGCCUAAACUGGGAGCUCUAAACCCAUGGAGGAGUCAAACCUGUGCUUGAGACCAUUGUGGGCCCAGCUGAAAUAGGAGGUAGGCAAUUACGGACAUCACUGAAGCCACCCCAAGACUUGGGGAACUUUGGUUUUCACCUUUCGCUGCACUUUCAUAGGAUUUCUCAUCAAUGUCUGCGUGUUCUUGGCCACCUGGUUUAAAAAAAAAUGAUAAUAAUAAUUAAAUCUUGGCUUUUGCCCCGCUGUGGGAUGGGCAGCUGGUGGUUCCCAGCUCACAAUAAACCACUCGAAACUC